GUACUACUUGAUCAAAGUUUUUUAUUAUGUAUUCUGUAUUUGAUUUUUUCCAUGUUCAAUCAUGAAUUAUUUGUUUGUAAUUUAAGCGGUAGUUGACUCUUUCUUAAAAGAUGUCUAAAUCUAUUGUGUUUGUCACUGGAAAUGCAAAAAAACUACAGGAAGUUGUUGCUAUUUUGGGUAAAGAGUUCCCAAGAGAAGUGACUAGUAGAUCAAUUGAUCUUCCUGAACUUCAAGGAGAUUCUAGAAGCAUUAGCAUAUCAAAAUGUAAAGCGGCAAUGGAAAUAAUCAAAGGUCCAGUUAUUGUAGAAGACACAUGUCUUUGUUUUAAUGCUAUGAAAGGUUUACCAGGACCUUACAUUAAAUAUUUUUUAGAGAAAUUAGGUCCAGAAGGGCUAGUAACUAUGUUAUCUGGUUGGGAAGAUAAAAGUGCUGAGGCUAUUUGUACUUUUGCUUAUUCGUCAGGGAAUCCAGAAGAAGAAAUUAUUUUAUUUGAAGGAAAAACUCAAGGUACAAUAGUAAGUCCACGAGGACCGGGAGAUUUUGGAUGGGAUCCAAUAUUUCAGCCCAAUGGAUAUCUUGAAACCUAUGCAGAGCUUCCAAAGAGCGUAAAGAAUGCUAUUUCUCAUCGAAGUAAAGCUCUAGAACAAUUAAAAAAUUAUUUUAUGCAGCAUAAGAAUGAUAAAUAAUUCACUGCAACCAACCACUGAUGAUAAUAAAAAUAUUUUUUUUUAUUGUCUCUGGA